AUAUCAACAUUUCGGAAGGCGGGGUAGCGGGACCUGGUUUUUGGUUUCCCUGGCAUGCUCAUCUACUACUUAAUUUGCGUCUUACCUUUCUAUUGCCGGUGGGACCACUACAUAUGUCGUGUUUCCGAAGGAGAUCAUUGGACGCUACUGAUCUCGAGGCACAGCCGCCCGAUCCCAUUGAUGGUGCCACCUUUCUUCCCUUCCCUUCCUGGCCUAAUUCUGGGUACGGUUAUCCAUAGACAUCCCUUGACGUUACGUCCUGCCGUAAAACGGCUGGAAGCGAUAUAUUAUCACAUCGUUCAAUGGCUUUAUAAGCGGUUUUACAACUUAUCAUUUUCACGCCCGCUCUCCCCUCACACAUGCUUCCCACCACACUUUUUCUGGGCUUAGCGGGAACCGCGCUAGCUUUCCACGGCCAGGCAUGUCAGCGCAUUGCUGUCGAGGUCUCGUCUGCGACAGGUGUUUAUUAUCCUGGAUCCCCAUCAUACAUCGCAGACAAUGACCACUACGUCUCAUCAAGCUCGCAAUCCUCAAAAUGCAGUGUCGAACCUGGGUCUGCUGAAGAUGUCGGCAUCAUUCUUGGUAUUUUAGGCGAGACGAAGACGCCAUUUGGUAUCAAAGGCGGCGGACACGCCACGAACCAAGGUUUUUCCUCAACGACCGGUGUCCAGAUCGCCAUGACGCGCUUCAACGAAGUCACAUACGACUCUGCGACACACACAGCGGCGAUUGGUGCUGGUAAUAUCUGGGAUGAUGUCUAUGCGGCGCUGGAUGCUCAGGGUGUGAAUGUACUCGGGGGGAGGGUAACAGGGAUUGGUGUGGCGGGGUUUACUCUUGGUGGUGGGUAUUCUUGGCUGAGCAACCAGCACGGGCUCGCUAUCGACAACGUGCUCGCGUACGAGCUGGUGGUGCCAAAUGGGACUGUGGUGACUGUGAAGGAAGAGACUGAUCCGGAGCUUUUCUUUUCGCUCAAGGGCGGCGGCAACAACUACGGUAUUGUUACUCGCUUUACUGUGAAAGCUUUCCCCCAGGGUACUGUUUGGGGUGGCAUAGCUGCAUAUAACACAAGUUACCUGCCCGCGUUCACCGCAGCAACCGUCAAGUUCUGUUCAGAGGUCACCGAUCCCAAAGCGGGGAUAAUCAUUGUGUACGGAUACACCAGCGGUCAGGUACUUCUCUCCACUCAAAUGUUCUACGACGGCCCCACCCCUCCAAUCGGCAUCUUUGACGAUUUCCUCGCCAUACCCGCUGUAGCCCAAGAUGUCACAACCCGUUCCUUCUUCGACUUGAUCAACUCUACGUUCGCAACCAUAAAUCCCUCGGCUGGAUACCGGACGGUAUACAACGACAUCCCUGAACUCGAGUACUCCGAGUCUACCAUCCGAAACAUCAUCGAUGAUCUCACCUUUUGGGGUCCCACUCUUUCCACCCACAGCGGUGUCGUAACAGCCUACGCCCUCGAACCCUUCUUGCCCAGCCUCCUCACACACGCCCCCGCCGGCUCCUCUGCAUAUCCAGGCUCGCGCGCCCAAGUCUUCUUCCCCACCAACCUCGACUUGAUCUGGGUGGAGGAGACCGAGGACGAGGUGUUUCACGAUGCGGCGAGGAAGAUAGUAGAAAGGCUUGGGGUGGAGGGCGCACCACGGUACCCGAAUUAUGCGAUUAUUGGGACUCCAGUGGUGGAUAUGUUUGGGCAGGAGGGGCUGAGGAGGAUGCAGGCUGUGAGGGAGAGGGUGGAUCCAGAAGGGGUGAUGCAGUUGACUGGGGGGUUCAAAGUGUAGGGAAAUAUAUUGGUCUACGUCAAACUCGUGUUCGACGCUAAUCGUUGGA